UUGGCUGGACCGGCUGCUGGUGACGUAGACGGUAGAACGAGGAAGUUUUGACGGCGUAACGGCAAAACAACAAGAAGGUGUUCGUCGGAAACUGUGCCGUGUCAGCACCUGGGGGAUUGUGACCGGGCAUCGUCGGCAGCAUGUUUCGCGGUCUGGGCAGCUGGUUGGGCCUGGACCCAGAACCAGACUCACCGUCUGCGGAAGAGAAGGGUCAGCAGAUCCAGAGUACAGGGGAAGAGGGAUCCGCAGUAACUGAGCAGGGGGAGGAGACCAAAGGGCCCGCGGAACCCGAAGAGAAGUCUCCAGAGGAGGAGGAAGAUGUGUUACUCAGACAGGCCAAAGGCUUCGGCAGUUAUCUCUUGAACAUGGCUUCAGUCGCGACAAAAAAGAUCUCCGACUCGGUAACUGAAACUGCUCAUACUAUCAAGAAGUCUGUUGAAGAAGGAAACAUUGAUGGCAUCAUUGAUAAGACCAUCAUUGGUGAGUUCCAAAAAGAACAGGAAAAGUUUGUACAGGAGAAAUCAAGUAAAAAGACAGACACUGCGGUUCCUCCAUGGGUUGGCUAUAGUGAGGAGGAAACUAUUCAACAGCAAAUCUUGGCCCUGUCAGCGGACAGGAGAAACUUCCUUAGAGACCCUCCUGCUGGUGUCCAUUUUAAUUUUGACUUUGACCAGAUGUAUCCCGUUGCCCUUGUGAUGCUUCAGGAAGACGAGUUGCUCAAUCGGAUGAGAUUUGAUCUUGUUCCAAAACUUGUAAAGGAAGAAGUAUUUUGGAGGAAUUAUUUUUAUCGGGUGUCUCUAAUAAAGCAAUCUGCACAACUGACUGCACUGGCUGCCCAGCAAGCUACUGGAAAUUCUGAGAAGACAAACAGCAAGCAGAAUGAUGGGGACUUAGAAGAGACUGUAAGACCAAAGACUCCACCAGUAGCUAUGAAAUCCCCACAUAAAACUCCAGAGGAAGAAGAGGAGAUUUCUACCAGUCCGGAAGUGUCAGAAUUUGUGAGUGAAGCUUUCGACUCUUGCAACAUUAACCAAGAAGACCUGCGAAAAGAAAUGGAACAGUUUGUUCUUGACAAAAAAGAUGAACUCGACACAGCAGAAGAGGAAUCGGAAGACUGGAUAAAGGAAUUGCAGCAAGUUGUGCAGGAAUAUGAAGUAGUCUCCGGCACGGACAAACUAAAGGAUGAGAACUGGGACAAGGAGAUCGAGGAACUUCUCCAAGAAGAUUAACUGUUUCCUUUUACUGUGGCUUCCUGGAAAAAAUCUUUGCCGAAAUAUAACAUUACUUUAGUCAUUCCUGCACAAUGUACACCCUGUUGACUCUCUGAAGUGAUAAUUUGGGAUUUUAGUGUGGUUUUCCAUGAUCAACUCUGAGGAUUGCAGUUGAACUUUUCAUGUCAGCUGGAAGUAAUGCAAUUUUCUUGGACCUAUGGGAUGCCCUUUCUCUAAUGUCCUUCUCUGCCAUGGUUUUAUUAUGUAAUAAUAUUUCUUAAUCUUAAAGAGUACCUGUCAUCAUCUAAACUUUCCCUGAUCCCCCUUCCCAUCUGUCCCUUUCUCUAACUAUGCCUAUCCCUGUGUUUAUUGAGGUUUAAAACACUGUGGAAAUACCUUUUUUUCAUCCCUCUUCAUUAGCUCAGGAGCACUGUAUUUCUGAGGGGUGGAAGGAGGCGGGUCCUGGCAGGCAUGAUGUCACAUGAAGCCUGGCUGGGACUCUGCUUCUGCCAGUCUUCCUGUAUGCUGCUCUCCCUCUGCAGCAGUGUUUCCCAACCAGGGCACCUCCAGCUGUUGCAAAACUACAACUCCCAGCAUGCCCAGACAGCCAACAGCUGUCCAGACAUGCUGGGAGUUGUAGUUUUGCAACAGCUGGAGGCACCCUGGUUGGGAAACACGGUCUCUCUCUCUCCUGUGUCUCUCUGCACUAAAAAGUCAAUGCUGAGAACCAGGGGCUGAGGGAGCAAUUAUAGAGGCAGUAAUUAAGAUGAAUGUCGGGGGGGGGGGGCACAGAGCAGGGAGUGCAGUGAGAUAAUACAAUGUAUAAGAUAACGUGUGGUGAGGGGCAGGGAGAACACAGAGCAGGGGGGAGGGGGAGGUGACUGGCUGUUAUAUGAGAGGCAUGUGCAGGCUUGUAGCUCACAGUACUGAACUUCCGGUGGAAGGACCAGAGCCCUUCAGCAUUAAUCCUAAAAGCUGUAUACUUACUAUGAAAAGCAUAGGAUGCUGCUUGCAGAACAGGCAUAGAAGAGUGACCCCUAGUGGCCAAAAGUAUAAAAUGAAAAAACUGAUAUAAAUAUUAAUAUUUUUUAAUGAAGAUAUAUUACAAUAUCUCUUCAUUAAUGUUUAUGAACAACAUAUUAAAAGUUUUUGUUGAUGACAGGUACUCUUUAAAGGUAAUCUCUCAGAUGUUCUGAGCCCAGUUCCAUAUACAGGACAGGGAGAGGAGGUAAAAUAUAGCUAACGUUCUGGUCAUGUAUGCUUCAUUACCUAAAAAAAACACCACCACCUUGUUUCUUCUAUUCCAAGUGCCUAGGAGGUGGAUCAUUGGUGAUCUGUGCCAGAGCUCUCCCACUUCUGUGCCCACUUCCCUCAGCUCUGGCUGACAGCUCUAGCGAACUCCUGAUUGGAUGUUAGAGCUGUCAAUUAGGGCUGAGUUGAAGAACCAGGAAGCUUUUUUAUAGACAGAGCAGUGGGCAGUCGUCAUAAAUGAUCUACCCAUUGGGCUACUAUGAUAGCGGUACCUGGGACACUACAACACAUUUUUUGAGGGUUGUACAAACUGCAUGACCGGAACUUUAUUUGAAAAUGUCAGCUAUUUUAAGGUGUAAAACUACUGACAGAUUCCCUUAACGAUUAAAGCAAUUAUUUCAACUUUG